AUGGCUAGUGGAUCGCUGGCAUAUCGACCACACCAGGAUCUGGACACAGACCUGACGAAGUUUGGCUUCCUAGUCUAUGCCGGAACCGUUCGUGACUUUCACGAGUGGGAGUUCCGAGCUAUGACAAGGUGGAAGCAGACCAAGGUUGAGGAUAGAUCCGACCUUGCGUCCAAGUUCCUCGACUCCUUAAGGAGCGAGGCAUACAUUGUCGCAGAGGAUUUGGGUACCGACGUUUUGUUCUCGAGUCAAAACAUCCCCAAGGUGAUCGAGGCAGUUAGAGAACGCCUGUUCCCUCUGGCGGAACAAGAGACGAAAGAACUUUAUCGGUUAGGGACCCAAGUCGGCGGCAUGUUGUCACGACAGCCGGGAGAGCCAAUGAUCUCCUACAUCGACCGCCGCAAGCGGUGGCUACGCAAGCUUCAGCAAUUAGACAAGGCCCUUCACAUAAGUGAAGCGGUGCUGACAGAUCUGUUGCUGGACAACAGCGGGCUCACCCGGCAAGAGCGACUCAUGGUGCUGACCUCGAUGUCAGGCAGCACAGCGACGAAGGAUGCUGAAGCAUCGCUGAUUCGCAUGCAUAAUCGUAUCCAUACGUUGGAACGAAAGCAGCCAUCCGCCAAAGGCGGAACUGGCAAAGGGAAAGGUUUCCACAGGAAGGGAGACCGAGGAAAAGGUAAAGGAUACGGAAAGAGAUCCCAGAAAGGGACUGCUUACACGUACCUUUCGGCCGUGGAAGACCUUUUCGAGUACCCUGACGCCGAGGAAGACGACGACGGAACAGCCUACCUGGCAGGACAAGAGGACCAGGACGGCCAGGACGGUGAUGGGCAGGACUGGGCGUACCACGGAGAAGAGCUCCCCGUGUACGACAAGGAAGAGGACACCGCGUGUGUUGCCCAGUCGGCCGACGCUUCCCUAAGGGACGUCGAGCUUGAUGUCUUCACCGCCUUUAUAGGCGCUGGGUUCGAUGAGGAAGACAAAGAGGCUUUGGCGUUUCUCGCAGACACCGUGCAGUGCGAGACCGUUGCCUUUAUGGCGCGGGCCAAGGCUAAGGGUAAAGGUAAAUCUGUGAUGCAGAGGAGUGCACAUGGAUAUCGGCCGCGAUCUACCGGUCUCACUGUUGAAGACAGGAGACGGAAGCUUCAUGAGAUUAAACUCAGAAGCACGUGCAAAACGUGUGGCAGAAAGGGCCACUGGGCUGGUGACAAGGAAUGCCCAGGCCCAGGGAAAGGUGCAGGAAAGCCCGCAGUGGCACACCUUGCCCAGGUCAGGCGUGUGAUGGAUAAAUCCACACAGACCUGCGACUUCAUCGCUAGCCCCAGCGAGAGCGACAGCGAGAGUCAAAGCUUUGACCCGGAGCCAACAGCGAACUACGUUAGCUUGGGUCAGGACUCGGAGACGGAGCCUGCGGCGUACAUGGGUUUCUUCGACAGGACUGACUUUGAAGAGUCCGACGAAGAGCUCCUGGACGACUUUGCGUCGCAAGGCGCUCCCUCCACGGAAUGGGAUACCAUAGAGUACCCUGACGGCAGCGACCAAGUGUUUCGGUUCGGGAUGCAUAGGGGUAGCACCUACCUUGAGGUUUUGCAGAACCACCCCGAUUACUACCAUUGGGGCCUCAAGGAGAAAGAGCCGAGCACCAUGCUAGAAGCAUGGCUUGUCUGGGUGUAUCGCAACUUUGAGGUUCCACCGGUUGGCGGUGGAAGGGCUACACUCAGGGCAGCCACGUUGCCGGUGGAGGCCGACUCGCUGCAGAAGGCUAGGAAGGAGGUGACCCUUGAGAAGGCACCUAAGAGCAAGCUCGGGUUGUUGAAGCCGGAUCCCAAAGGACCGUGCGUUGGAGGCUGUCCCGCACAUGCAUUGAACAAAGCAGGGAGCAAUGCGCACGUAAUCAAGACCACUUGCAUGUUGUGCGGUAACAGGACCUCAAACCCGAGACCAAAGGCCGUACCGAAGAAUGACCCCCUCACGUGCGAGCACAAGCGCACGGACAACAGGAACAGCACGAGAUCGGUACACCGCACCUUUUGCCUUGAUUGUUGCACUGUGGUAGAGGAAAUCCCUCAGAAGCUCUUUAAGGAGCAGAAGGGACUCGCCGAGCAGGUGCAGCAGUCUCCACUCAAGGUGCAGAACCUCACGAGGAGACAACUGGAGGAGUACAACUUUACGAAGUUUGAGGCAGGUGAGGUGGUAAAGAAGUUCUUCAAGCACAUGGAUAAGUUUUUGUUGAAAGUUGACCAAGUCAGUUCAACCGAGUUGUCUAGUUGCCUUGAGGAUGCGAUGGACCAGGUUGUAGAGCAGACGAAGUUACGCAUGCAACAUGGUAGGGCCGCUGAUGUAGCUAGGUCUAGUCAGGACGUAGAGCCCCCACCUUUGCCUGCGUUUUCCCCAGUACGUAGAGAGCGUAGGAGUGCACAGCCUCGUGAGCAAGCUUCGCCCGCCGCCGCAGCAGCAGCUGGCCCGAGAGAGAGAGGAGCAGCUGUUAGGGACGCCAUGGCGGCGUCUACUCCCAGCGGAAAGGGCUGGGGAAGCCGCGAAAAGUUCGCCGGCGUGGCGACGGCGGAGAAGAGUGGUGAUCCCGAAGGGGACACCAAGCUGACCCUCACAGCCUUGGUGGGGCAGCUGCAGCGAGAUGAUCUCGAAGGAGACAUCAGCCCGAAGAGCGUGCAGAGCUCAGACAGUGAGCCUGCACCCCUGGACGAGGAGAUUGCUGAGCCGCAACUCCAGCUCGUGGAUCCCUUAGAGGACCACGAAAACGUCUGGGUGAUGCUGGACGAGGGCUGCAACCAGACAUGCCACGGGACGAAAUGGAGGGCUCACUCCUCAAAGGUCCUGGCAAAGUUUGGGUUGCAGUUCACCAGCGUGCGCUCGAGCGGCGCGAGCUUCAAGGGCAUUGGAGCGGCUCGAGCGACGGGCAAGUUCGCAAUGCCGUUCGCCCUCCGCAUCAUGCCGGAGAGCGGAGGCCUUCGCCGGAGCACCCGUCUGCAGGGAGAGCUCUCCAGCGUGGAGCUGGACUCUCCGGACGUGCUCUGCCUCCUGUCCUUGCAGGAUCAGGUUCAGCUUGGCCUGAUCAAGGACCUGAGGCGCGGCGAGUGCCGAAUCUCGGGCUACGCCGGGACACUGCAGUUGGCGAGGCACUCGAAGACCGGCCUCCUCCUCCUGUGCGUGAGCCAGUUUGGGGCGAACGUUACAGAGAGGCACAGAAAGUUUGCAGUGAAUCCGGAGGUGAUCCCUAAGAGGACAUCUAAGAAGGAGAAGAGCACUUUCUCGAUCCCUUUGAGGGACGGGACGGCACGCAAGAAAGAAACCUUGACCCCUUCAGGGGACAAGGACAGCGCGGCGUUCAUGCUGUCCGAGAUGGUGAAGGAGACCGAAGGGCAGCGGAAGAACGUUUUGGUGGUCACGUUGGGCUUGGAGAAGCUAGAGACCUGCCAACGUGGGCGCGGCACCUACCGUGGACUCACGGAACUUAUCCGUGGUAUGCGAAAGGGGCAGUCGCACGAGUUCUCGCUGAACAACGAGGCCCACGAGGACACGCUUCUGGAAAGCCUGCGCCAGAACUUUGAGUCCUUCCGGGACUACGCCACGGAGCAGAUCCUUUUUCUGGACUGCCGGCACAUGAACGACCCGGGCAAGGACAAGUCCCUCAGGGACCACUUAGGCACGUACCCCAAGAACGUGCAAGCCAUGGUUUUGGACCCAAAGACGAACGGAAAAUGGGUGGCGUUCAUGAAGGAGGUCGUGCCGGCCGUGCACAAGCUCAUCCAGGAGAACGAGCAGUGCGUGAUCUUCAUGUUUUGCAAAUCGGGAAGACACAGGUCUGUCUCGAAUGCAAAGAUCAUGUACGAUCUCAUAAAGGAGACGUACGAAGUGGAGGCGAGUCUACUUCACCUUUGCGACGGUUACAAUUGGCGAUAUCUAUGCGGUGGUUGCGCGGAGUGCAACUGGGAGUCCAAGGAGGCUCGAAGCACCGCAGAGAAGGUGAUGGACUUCGCAAGGGAGCGCUGGUUCGAGUUCGUGCCCAAGGUGUGGGUGCGAAAGAACGACCAGCGCCGCUUAGGCGACGAUGGCGUCGUGGUGGAAGAGCCGAUCCCUUCGGGGACAGCUCAGGCAGAAGGCGCGGGAUCAAGCACUGACCCGCCUGCCGAGCAGGAGGCCGCUCAGGACGAGCAGCAGGACGAGCAGCUCGAAGACGAGGCCCACGACGAGGGCGACACCACUGGGGCAGCUGAGGCCAGUGCCAGCUCGAAGGCACCGGCGCAGCCCUACACGGUGGACACCCCUGAGGGAGUGUCGGUGCCGGUCCACGACCUGCGGCCCGAGCUGGAAGGACUAGAUGACAAGGCCCUUGAGAAGGUAAGUUUUCUUUUUCUUUCUAGGGUUUAUAGUGUCUUCAACCCAGCGAAGCUUACUGAAGUCACUACGCUCGUGGCCAAGUACGCGGCGGACCACACCUCGCUCACCUGUGCCGUUGCUGCGAAGUACUUGGAGUACGAGGCGGCGAGGGCACUCCUGUCGUCGCUGGUGGCAGACGUCCGAUCCGGAAAGCGGACGGAGAAGGAGUGGGACACCGACCUGGAGCUGGCAAACCGAAGCCUGGACCAGGCGAUCCUCCAGCUGGACGAGGACAAGGCCGCGGCACCAACGGGCACAACCACAGCUGGAAGGACGACCGCUCAGGCGGCGGACCCACCGCAAAGAGAAAGGACCCGAUCGGCACAGGCCGACGGGCGAGGAGAGAAAGGAAAAGGUGAGAAGGGUAAGGGAAAAGGCCGAGGAGAAAAGGGACGCUGGCCGAACAACAACCCUCGAGGCCCAAGGACUCAUACCGAGUCCAACCCUGCCUCGACUUCUCACGCAGAGACGCGCCACGACCUGGCAAGUCUGGGGGAAAACCCCAACAACCCGGGGAGUCUCUCGGGGGGUUACUUGAGCCAAGUGAUCUCAGGACACAAGAGGCACGGUGAAGUUGCCUUCAAAACUUGGUUACAGCCAGGCGUGGGGCACGAAGGCGCACCGGUUCGUGUGUCCUAUAGGGCACACGCUGCAAACUCCUGGGAUAAAAUCCCGACAGAGUUGCAGCGCUACCGCAAGCGCGUGGCGAUCCAAUGGACGUCCGAUGGGCCCUGGGAGUGGCGCGAAGUGAACGUGGCAGCCCACCAAUGGGUCUACUUCGGCGACCGUUGGGACCAACACCCGCGCCACAUGCUGGUGUUCUUGGUUCCGCCGCGCGGUGGCAGUGCCUUCUACGUUGGAGGCAUGCUUCCGGAUCUCAUGGCUUCCGACCUGAAAGUGAUGAAGAAGGAGACCGGAAAGAUGUUUGAGGAUUCUUGCAAGAACCUCAACACGCACGACGACCUGCUGAUGCAGGCCUUGGGGCUCCCGUCGGUGGCGAUCACGGGCGAGCCGCCCACGAUCUACGCCCUGGCGAACUCGGAGUUCCAGCCCGGAUCCCUUGAGAGGACCGGCGCCAAGGUGAUCGUGCGACACCCUGGCUACCGUAUGAUCCUUCUGGAGGACAUCGGUUGGCAGAAGCAAAUCUCUAAAGAGAUUGCUAAGAUCCGUCCCGACCUCCUGCUGUUGGUGUACAGUUUGGAAGACCAGGUAGGUCUCACCCCGCAGGUACAGACCUGGCUCCAGUCCCUCUCCGCGUACACAAAAGAAGUGCUUGUUCUUGACAGUCUAGGCAGUGUUAGGUGGAACCUGUGGUUUGAGAACAGUGUCGAGGGUACUGAGAGAGAGUUUCAGCUGUUUCAGUGUAGGGGUGACCUGUGUGUAGGGACGUUUUCGCAGGCGAUAGGUGAAGUCAUGUCUAGUUGGGCGAACUGUGACCAUGACAUACACUACUCACCUGUGAGCAUCGACACAGUAGGCACGCAAGUUGGUUUUGCCGAAACCUUGUUGCUUGUGUUGCAAGAGGGCUGUGUAGAGGACCACGUUGCUGAAGCGUUUCCUGUUGAGGCAAGGCAGGAUGAGGUCGAGCAAACUGGUACUCUAGAUGCCACAGUGGAUCCCAGAGAUAAUAGGACCACUUUCAUGGAUGAUCUGGAACUCGCCGAGGAAGCAGACAUCUUAGACACGUUGCCUUUAGCAGGGUUUCCGAAAGAAGAGUCUGAGAGGAGAAAGGCAUGGUCUAAGGUACCACGGCGUGUUCGCUUGGGGAUCAGGAGGUUGCACACCAUGAUGAACCACAAGCCUAAGGAGGUGCUAGUGCAGGUACUCCGUGGGGCAGGUGCUUCUGAAGAGUUGGUGAAUGCAGCUAAGAUCUUCAAGUGUGAGUCUUGCAGGGUUAGCGAAGAGAAGGUUCGCACACACCCUGUGUCAGCUCCACCACCUUACGAGUUCAACCACACAGUUUCGGUGGACGUGCUGGAGACUGCAGACUCAACAGGCGCAAAGUUUAGCUGGCUGAACAUUAUAGAUGUCGGCACAAGCUAUCAAGUUGUGACCUUGGUCCGCGUUGGUGGCGGACAGCCGAGCUCAGCCAAGUGCUUGCAGAAGUUCAUGCAGCACUGGGUUUCCCCUUUUGGGUGGCCAAAGGUGGUUUCCCACGACCGUGGUCUACACAACCGGGGCGCUUUCGCUCACGGCUUGGGUAGCCAUGGAGUCCAGAUCCGCCAAGCCGGACUGGAAUCGCCAGAGCACAUAGGGAAGUGCGAAAGGCACGGAGGCAUCAUAAAGCGAGCCUUUAAGCGUUUGGUCAAGGACCACAACGUUGUGGGCAAAGAUAAUGUCAAGGUGGCGAUGCUCGAGGCACAGGUCGCAAAGAACGAGUUCAUGCGUGUUGGAGGCUUCAGCCCCACCCAGUGGGUGCUUGGACGCCUGCCCAGAGGAGUGGGCCACGUUUUGGACGAGGAAGAGCUAGGACAGCUUGGAGUCUUGUCGGGCAGGUUAGAUGCCACGACUGCGUUCGGCCGUCAGGCCGAAUUCCGCCAUACUGCAAGAAAGGCGUUCGUCCAUGAGGAUUGCAGUCGCAGGGUGCGAAAGACCGUGUUGCGCAAGGCGGCCCCCCUGCCGGGGAAAUAUCAAGCUGGCGACCUAGUUUGCUAUAGGAUCGCGCGAGAUGAGCAUUCAGGCGUGAGUACGUGGUCAACUGUUAGUAAAAUAAUUGGCUUCGAUAACAAAACGGUCUGGGUGGUGCAUCAGGGCGUGCCUGUGGCGACCAGCUUGGCGCGACUCAGACCGUGUACAUCGGCUGAGGUUUUGGCGUUCCAAGUGUUGAACCGUGGCAACAUACAGUACGAGCACGCGGAGGUUGAACGCGAGCAGCAAAGGUACAUUGAUGCCACCGGGGAUGAUCUAUUGCUAGACGACCCAGAAGAGCCACCGGACGGAGGAAUUGGGAUAGGUACUCCGAUCCAAAUGGACGCUGAAGCAGAUCCUCCGGAGACUGCGGCCUCUGCUCCAGAACGAGCUGUUCGAAGGAGAGUUGGAGCAACACGUGAAGAGUCACGGGCCGUGACUGUGGAGGAGCCAGAGGACGAACAGGUGGACCCUCCAGGAGGGAUCCAAGAGCCGAUGGCUGAGGACACGGCGGUGGACGCCGACGGUGAGGCCGAGGCCACGGAAGGUAGCUCAGCGCUUCUUCUGAGGGCUUACGCUAGCCACUUCUGGACGAAAGAGGAAAGAACCGUUUGGAACUCACUCCCCGGGGAGAAGGAGUACGAGGCCUUACGGGUUUUCUUCGCAGACCGUGUCGAGGACGACAAGAAGGUGACGCAGUGGCGCAAGCGCCGCAAGAACUUUACGUCCAAGAAGCAGAAGGAGAAGCACGGGAAGAUCCUAAUGUACCACAAGUGCCCUGAGGAUGUCCAGAAGGAGUUGGACAAGAGUAGAGCAAAGGAGUGGGCAAAGUGGCAGGACUUCAGUGCUGCGAUCAUUCUUGAUGACGCUCAGUAUGAUGAGUUGAUCCGUGAAGGACAUCAAGUCAUACCUACCCAAUGGGUAGAGCUGGACAAGAACCACAACAAGAGGUUACUUGAUCCUACUGUGGAAGCCAACUACAAGAGUAGAUUGGAUGUUCGGGGUGAUCUUGAGAAGGGUGAUCCUAGGAGUGAUAGCCCUACUGCUAGCAUAGAAGCUCAGAACUUAGUGUUUUCGUUCGCUUCUUCUAGGAAGGUCAAGAUUAAGUCCCUGGACGUGACCAACGCCUACUUUCAAGGCGAAGAGAUAGAUAGAGUACUUCUACUAUCUCAGCCCAAGGGAGGACUCCCUGGGCUUAAGCCCCACCAGCACAUGCUGGCGAGAGCACCCAUCUACGGCAGCACCGAUGGAGGUAGACGGUUUUGGAAGCGGCUUAGGAAUUACCUUAAGGGUAAAGGACUUCGCGAGAACCGCAUCUACCGCGCGUUGUACAGUUACACCGACGCCGAUGGGGUUGUACAGUUGCUCUUGACGUCCCACGUAGACGAUCUAUUGUGGGCUUGUGAUCCGUCAUGCGAUUGGAUCAUGAACGAUCUCAUUGAGACGUUCAAAUGUGGGAAGGUUGAGACCGGGAGCUUCAGGUACUGCGGGAAGGAGAUAAGCCAAGACGAGGAUUUCAAUAUCCAUGUGACCUGCAGCGAGACAACGAGGAACGUGAACAAGAUUCACGUUGACAAGAGGAGGCACCCGGGAGAUCCCUUAACGGACUCUGACAAGACGCAGAUGAAGAGCGUCGCUGGGUCCCUUGCUUGGGUUUGCAGACAAUGCCGACCCGACUUAAGCUAUAGGGUAUCCAAGAUCCAGUCGGCUUCUAGCAAUGGUACCGUCGCUGACAUCAGAGAUGCCAACAAAGCGGUCGAGUACGCUAUUAGCACAUACGACAGAGGACUUGUUUUCAAGUCUGGGCUGUUGGACUGGAAGACACCAGGUGCUCUUUUGAGUUUGGUGAUCACGGACGCUUCUCACGCGAAUGAGUCCGAAGAGAUGAUCAUAAAUGAGAUGACAUCUGUGGAAGGACACCGGAGCCAAGGUGCAAGGAUGGUGUUUCUUACGGACGGCGCCCUGUGGAAAGGGAACAAAGGUAGCAUUCAUCCCAUCUUGUGGGCGAGCAACCUCGUUCGGAGGGUAUGCCGCUCCACCAUACAGGCAGAGGCCUACACACUUCAGGCAGGUGUGGAGGACGGUGACGUGCUGAGGGCAGCUGUCACUGACAUCUUCGGAUGCCUCGAUAUGAAAAGGUGGGAGGCUACGUCGGCCAAGUUUGUGAAACAGAUCUGGAUGACAGACUGCAAGAGUCUGGAGCUGACGCUUUCGAAUCCGAAAUGCAAUAAGCAUUCGGACAAGAGAUUGAGCAUCGAGAUCGCGUCUCUCAGACAGGAGCUAUGGCGCAAAGCUGGCGAGAAAGCAGGAGAUCCGUUUUACGACGACUACAAGCCAGUGGAUGAUCAGUUAACUGACAUCGUCAGAUGGAUAGACACUGACGUGAUGAUCGCUGAUCCAUUGACGAAGGUCAUGGAGCCGGUCAAGUUGGUUGAAGCCCUGAAGACCAACACACUCGACGUAGAGCAGCCGCUCGAGAGUGUCGUGAAGAAGCGCGCCAAGCAGCUUCAGAGGAGGUCGACGAAGAAGGAACACGACAACGAGCAAGUGCAAGGCUGCUUCAGCUGGAGCCUCCUCAAGCGCCGUGGCUCCGUGGCAUGGCGCCUCACACCGGUGGCCGUGCGCAUUCUGGCGGACAACCUCCGUUCCUCGGGUCCUCAGAGAGCCGUGGAGAACACGCGGAGACUUCGUCUGGCCUUGGAGAGCCUUGGGCCUGCCUUCGUGAAGCUUGGCCAGGCGGCAGCUUCGAGAGAGGACGUGCUCAGUGACCGGGUGGCAGCAGAGCUCCGCAAGCUCUGCGACCAGGUCGCGCCCUUUCCAGACGAAGAGGCACGGCGUUUGGUGGUCGCCCAGCUGGGCUCCGGCUUGUCCCUGGGGCGUUGUGUGGCAGCCGCGAGUCUCGGCCAGGUCUACCGCAUCGAGAGAAAUGGUCGCCAGUAUGCACUGAAGGUGCAGCGGCCGGGUCUGAAUCGUGCUUUGGCCAUGGAUGUUGUCAUCCUGAAGGGCAUCGCCCGAUUCCUUCGACGUGUCAUGCGCUGCUUCAUGGCUGCAGCUGUGGACCCCGAGCAGGUGGUGGACGAGUGGGCUAAGACCCUGUGGGACGAGUUGGACUACAAGCACGAGGGACGGGCCAUGGAGCAUAUGCGCGAUGCGCUCUGCGGAACUGUCGGUGGACUAGUCAUCCCCCGGGUUCACUGGGAGCUUACAGCCCUGCGGGUGCUGGCGAGCGAGUGGGUGGACGGCUUCAAAAUCACGGAGGACCCUCGGCGGGUAACUCAGCGGCACAUCUCAAUCGGUGUCGAGGCGGUUGCAGCGAUGAUCCUGGAGGUGGGCGUGGUCCACGCGGAUCCCCACCCGGGCAACAUCAUCCUGACACAGGAGGACGACAUUUGCCUUCUCGACUUCGGAAUGGUCUGCCUGGUUCCUGAACACCACCGGACGGUUUGGGCCAAGUGCGUGGUGGAUUUGGUCAGACGAGAUCACGGAGCUGUGCUGGAUGACUUGAUCGAGAUCGGCUUCUUCCCGCGCGAGUGUCCGCGGGAGGAGAUGCUGCCGGUUUUGUCCAAGAUCUGGGACCAGCUGGUGGAGUGCGGCAGCGACAUCACCAAGAGGAAAAGUGCCGUGCAGCUGCUCUACUCGGAAAUUCUCACACUGGUCCGGCGCUUCGAGUUCGCCCUCCCGGACUACUACGUCGCGCUGGUGAGGGCGCUGCUGACCCUCGAGGGCAUGGCCCUCGCUGCCGACUGCAACUUCGAUAUCUUCGAGGCGGCCUUCCCCGCUGCACUUCGAUUUCUGACGCGAAGCAGAGGGCCCAAGGUCGACAUCUUCAGCUCCUCUGUGCUCAGCGCGCUGCAGAACAAGACUCUUGCCAAGCUCGCCUUGCGUUCGGCGGGCUGCUUGCAGCUGGACCGCCGAAAAGUUGCGUGUCCAGGCUGCAAGACAGCCAAGCUUCGGCAUGCAUCUCUUAUCAUCCCACCAUUGAUCACUAUACAGACCUGGAGACAAUGA